AGAAGAACUCCUCUCUCUCUCUCUCUCUGGGUUUAGCAAUCCCUUGGCACAGAAUUGUACCUCCGAAGUAGUUCUAGCAACCAACUCCAACCAACCUACCAACACCAACCCCAACACCUUUCAACCACUAGACAACUGUCUGCUCAACACAUCUUCCAGAAUCUAGCCAAUAUCCGGCUCCACCUGAAGUGUUCGUACUUCGGACACGUCGUGAUGGGUCGUUCCUCUUUUUUCUCCAAUAUUUGCCUUCGUGGUCAUCGUACCUCUCGGUAUGCGCGUGUGUGUGUGCAUCGUGGUCAUCUCCCUCCUCCCGUACAGGUGCCGAACGCUUAUCUUAUGGAAAUGGCAUUGCAUACGCGUCAAGAAUGCGCAGCAGCAGCACCAGCAGCACAAACAUUCCAACCCACCCGAAAACCCCAGGAUGACCGGCCGUGGCACCGUCGGCAGUGAAAAAGCAGCGAGGGCCUGUGGUGAGGGUUUCAGCCAGCAGCCACUCCAAUUAGCAGCUGGAGUUGGAGGCGGAAACAUCGGUCAGAUCACGCAGCUCGCUCGGUGGUCUCGAGCACCCCCCCCCGACGUGGUGUGGUAGCGAUGGUGAUAAGCAACCGUUGCUGCCGAAGCAACCGUCGAUGGCGGGGUCGUUGCGUGGACGAGAUGAUUGCUGUGUGAUGACCGGUGUGAUGUCACCAACCGUACCGAUCACUUAUUCUAAUUGAUAACGGUGUGCAAAUACAGCGGAGUGCGUUCGCGGUACGUCCUGCUGUGGGUGAUAUCGCUGUAGGCGACAAGAGCAGGGCCCUUCCGUGCAAGAUAUCGCUCUUUUCUUUUUUAAAAACAUUGAGCUACAACAAGUUCAUAGUGGAUCUUUCGGGUGUUCAAAUUACGUCCUGGUUUGAGUGAUAUCGCCAUAGGCUUUAGACGAUACAGCUUUCCUUUCCCGUGGGUGAUAUCUGAUAUCGGAAAGAUUGAACUUCAAUUGUUAAAAUUUGACCUUCGUGUAGACAUUGGACAUUGUCGGAAAUUUGACCUCCGUGUAGCCUAAGAAAACUUCUCGGACGUCCACUGUCCUUCCUGCUAUGCCGCACAGGCUGUAGACGAUAGAGCAUUUGCUACUCUAUCCUAAUUCAUUUGCUAAACCAUCCCAAUUCAUCAUACGGAUGAAUGUCUAGACUCCACUUUGAUGCUCAAUGUUCGUUCUUCAGUGUGAGAUAUUGCACAGGCUCUAAGCAGCAUAGCACUUCACCUUCUUUCUUUUAUCAGGAAUUAGAAAUGUCGGUAUUUCAACAUCAAAAUCAGAACUCGAAGCAGACCCAAAAAUCCAAUUGCACAUCUAAUGCAAUUCCUGCAAUGUGUGAUAGGGCUAUGGCUCUAAGUAAUUUAGUAUAUCCUUCCUUAGGUCAUUAGGAUUUUUGAGCUCUCCAUUUCAAAAUCUGAGCCCCAAGUAGAUCAAAAGAACCACUAGGACGUCUGAUGCACUACCUGCUGUGUGUGACAAUGCGUAAACUCUAAGAAAUAGAGCAUUUCCUUGGGACAUUUGUUGCUGCCAACUGUCAGAUAAACACAGAAUGAAAAAAAACCUUGAACAUCAAGAAAUCCACUCAAUAGUCACCUCGUGAAACCAAUUACGAAGGCAGAGUGUGUACUGCGCUACAAACAGAACACUUCAGAACAAGACACGAUGACCGUGUCAAACUGACGUGUGUUUGCUUUUCCUUUCUAUGUUGCCGCAUCUGCCGCGGGCCGGGUAAUCUACCCAGGGUAAUCCCUUUGCCUCGCUAGGACAGAUAGUACGCCGAGCACUUCAGGUUCAAUUGCCCCGGUUACAAAUUGAACAUUAUCGCUUCGAGUGUGCGAGAGUUCCGAAACCGUGCCGACAUGUUUGACCUGAUAAGGCCGACCAUGCGUCCGAAAGUGGGCAACAGGAGGAGGCUACACAGCUCACAUACUUCCGCUUUGCACGAGCAGCAAAAGGGAUUGAGGUUGACCAGGUCAUGUCUUUUGGGGGGGCGCUCGCAGACCUCGCAGGUCGCGUGCUUGUAUGAAUGAAACUUCAGUACCGAUCCCGAGGGGGGGGGGGGGGUUGGGCACAGAAUCUGACUCACGCGCUGAAUCGGAUGGGACUGGCGGCGCGUCAUAAAUCAUUCCGCCCCCCGUGUACCAGCCUGACAGCUUCGAUUGUUUAACAAUCUGUAGCCCCGAGUUCCGACAGAGAAGCCGCCUCAUGAAACAAGUGAGCCGGCUACAAUGUCGUGAGCCGGGUUGUAACAUUUGCCGAUUUCUACAGAUCGGCCGCCUGCCUGCCAUUUGGCACACGACGUACAUACACACACACACAUGCACACGGUGAGCAUUGCUGCCGAACGGUUGGGGAGGUUUAUCAUCAAUCACCGAUCAGAUGUUUUACUGUCGCGAGGAAGCUCAAUGUCAGUACCACCGUGUCUGUUUGGGGCUCGGUGGUUCAGAUUGGUAGAGCUACAAGGUACACUUCAUACAGUGUUCCCGUUCUAUGGGUUCUGGGCCAUGGGUGCUAGCCUAAUCAAUUUCAGCCCGGUACACGCGGCCGCCUACUUCAGGCUACUUGCGGCAGUUUUCAUUCAGAUGAUUCAGUUUCAUUCACACAGGUACUAAAAAUACCUGGACCACCUGGAGAGAGGUGGUAUAAACUCGAACAAGUUUUUGGGGGAUGUAGUGGGAACUCUCUCUCUCUCCAAUCCACCGAGCUGAAAAACGGCCCGGUGGGAAGCACACACUACGCUCCAAAUUGGUACAUCGUGCACCAUUGUGGAAUGUGAGAGCCUCCAGGGUGUGAGAUAAGGUGACGAAUGUAACACCUAGCGCAAAGGCAGAGGCGCCAGCGAACACUCUCGCUCGGUUAUCUCGACGAUGACGCUUCGACUCAGACAUCCAAUUGCGUUCUGGCGCGUUGCGAGAUUGAGAAGCCGCCCGACCCCCGAAAAAAUUCAAAACCUUCAUAUCCUCUCGGACUGAGACAUACGGGCUGAGACUUUGUCGCUACUUAGCGACUCCGCGGCUGUGUCGUGGCUGGUAGUGUCUCCGUUCUCUUAUCUGCCCGAGUGCAUCACAUCGAGUGUACACUAUCGUGCCAUCACCGUCCAGCGCAUUGGAAAAGUAUUGCUUUACGUCAUGAUCUGAUGGAUCGGCAGGGGAAAUGUGGGAAGCGGUCGAGCGGAAUCGCAACGAAGAGAACCGACGGAACGGGAAAACUUCGCGCCACUGCAAAACAGUCAUCCUGCCCGACCGUCUGCUGGAGGCCGUCGACAAGCGGGUAAAGUUCUACGCCAAACAUGGACCGAAUAAGAACCGCCUGCUGCCGCUCCACACGCAGACCUGCUACGUCGUGCACGACAACAUCGAGAUCACGAACCCGGGCGACAGCUCGGUCUACAGCAUCCUGACGGACGCACCGAUCUACAAGCUCGAGAUCGAGGACGCGCUCGAGGACAAGCUGAAGCAGAGCGGUGCCGAUGCCGGUGCGGUGCGGAAGCGGCGCACCCACUGCCACCACGGCUACAUCAAGCUGAAGAGCGUCGAGUACAUCAAGCCGAACAAUCCGGCGCCCGCCCUGGACCGCAUCCUGGCGUUCGGUGCCGAGCCGGGGCCGAGCGGGCUCGGCCCGAAGCUGCCGAACGGGAUGGCGAAGGUGAACAGUCUCAGCGAAAGUGAUACUCUCGAGGAUGAGGAUGACGAUGAGGAGGAGGAAGAUGACGCAGAGGAGGAUGACGACACAGGUGCGGGACGGGGGGCGAACCGGUUCGCCAAGCUCAAGUACCGGGACAGCAUCAUGGUGAAGACGAGCAACGGUGUGUACGGGAAGCGGCCCCAAUCGCAGCUGCUGCUCGCGAACGCCGGCGUACCGUCGACCUCCACCAGCUCCACGUCACCACCGAGCAGCGAGUACGACUACGCGUACAUUACCGCGAUCAACACGCACCAGCCGCUGAGCGUGAUGCGGUCGGCCGGGGGAGACGAGGCGCCCGUCAGCACGACCGUCCUGCCGGACUACUGCAUCACCACGAUCUGCUGCCCGAUCGAGGUGCACGAGGGCUACUACAGCGACGACGAGUCGGAGGGCACCGACCACAAGCUGAGCAUGUACCGGGGGCAGGGCGGCGGUGGUCCCGGUGGCAGUGGGAAGCUGCGACACCAGCAGCACCACAGCAACGCGGAGUACACGACCGAGCGGAGACAGUAUCUCAACUCGAAGGGCUUCCUGGCGUACUUCGUCAACCUGUUCCAGGACACGCUCGCGGCCGAGCUCGACAUCCCGGCGGAGGAUCUGCGCAGCGCCACCUGGAAGGGGGCGGUCGUGUACAGCGGCCAGUGGGAGAUCGUCCCGGCCAUCCUGUCGCCGUGGCCGCGGGAAGCGAUCGAGUGGGUGCACCGGAAGCGGGACGUGAAGAUUAACCCGCUGACGCGGCAGAAGUUCCAGUGGCCGACGCAGCCGAUGAUCCAGAAGGUGAAGUCGUUCGGGUGCCACGUCAUCCCGAGCGGGUACGCGCCGAAGCAGGGCCAGAACCGGCACCGGCAGCUCGAGUGGAAGAUCGUGUUCCCCGAGGCGGAACGGUACCUGGAGAGCUGCCUCACGGGCACGCAGAUCAAGAUCUACAUGAUCACGGUGCUGCUGCUGAAGACGUUCGUGGAGCCGACGCUAACGCCCGGGUUGAGCAUGUUCGGGCUCGAGCAUCUGCGGGCGCACCUGUUCUGGCAGUGCGAAACGAACUACGCGGCCUGGCCGGAAGACUACCUCGGCGAGGCGCUGCUGCGCUUCCUCAACGCACUGCUCGACCGGAUCAAGACGCACACGCUGCCCGACUACUUUCUCCCUGCCCGCAACCUGUUCGAGAACGUGCCGGAGCGGGUGCUGGUCGAACUGCACAAGCGCAUCUUCCGCAUCACGGAGAACCCGGUGAUGCAUCUGCUGAUAGCGCUGCGCAACCUGAAGCUGCCGAGCGCCCGGCUCGCCUUCUACCCGAAGGUGCGGAUCAAGCGGCUGUACUCGUUCCUGGUGAUCGACAACCCGCUCAAGAUCGUCAACCCGAUGCUGCGCGACGAGGACGAAAACCUGGCGGCGGAGGACUCGGACGAGAACGAGGCGAACGAGCGCGAGAUUGCGGUCGGCUCGAUGGCGUACUACCACCAGCAGGAGGUGGAGUCGCGCCGCAAGCGCACCCGCAUCGUGCGCUUUCUCGUCGCGGAGCAGCUGAAGAAGGAGCGGGCGGUCCAGCCCGAGCGGCGCCAGUCGGUGGAGUCGAUCGAUCUGACGUUUGUGUUCAACUUGCAGUUCCUGCCGCUGAAGCACAUGGAGAAUCUGCGGCGUCAGCUCAUCUACGGACUGUUCGUGGAGCACUUCAUCGAGAUGGCGCGGGUGUCGGGCGGAUUUCGGGCGCUCAACCAGGCGCUCAUCUAUCUGCGGCAGGCCGAGCGGCUGUGCAACCUGCUGGCGGACGACGAGGGCAUUGAGGAGGCGCGCCAGUUCCUCACGCAAAUCUACGGCCUGCGGCAGGAGCUGGCCCGGGCCAGUGCGAAGGGGGCGGACCGGCCGGCCCUGCCGAAGCGCACCAGCACGACCGAGCGGCAGCAGCAGCAGCAGCAGCGCCGGAAGGUAUCAGUCGCCCGGCAGAACAGCAAACGGACCAGCUACACGAACGUCCGGCCACAAACUUCGUCCGGUGGUGCGAAGCGCCAGCAGCAGCCGCAGCGCUUCUUCUCGCCCGACGAUGAAGACGACGACGAGGAGGAGGAGGAAGAGGAGGAGGAUGAAUGGGAAGAUGUGAAGCAGCGGCGCCCGUCCCGCCGGCUGUCGGCGCAGCCUGCGGGCGGGCUGCGCAGCCGCCGGCCGUCCCAGAAGCAGCAGCACCAGCAGCAGGUCAGCGUACAGAUACACGCACCGAAGUCACCGGGGGCGGGACCGAGGCGGUCGGCCGGCGGUCCGCCCCGCUCGUCCGACGAGAUCGACGACAUCUCGCGGCUGCUCGGGAACGUUACGGUCACACCGAGACAGGGUUACCGAUAGCUAUCGGCGUGAAUGUGCAGUAAGUGGAAGAGAAGGAGAGAGAGAGAGAGAGAGUAGGUGCGAGUGAGCGAGGAUGAAAACAAAGGCGUUAGGAACACUCCACGAAGCGGUAGGAAAACCCUUUUUCUGUGAUAAAUGGUACCGGGUUACCAUGGUGACAAAGCGGGACAGCUGCCGCGCGGGUUCGGCUGCUGUCGGGCCGAAGUGUUGUUGUACUAAAAGUAACUGCUUGUACUAAUAAACAAACAAAAAUCUUACCACAAAA